AGCCGGAAAUACGCAAUGGGGGUUCCGGUGCCGCGCAGGUUCCGGCGACUAAGGCGGCAAAAUGGAGGAGACGCCUCACAACUGCCCCGGAACUGGCAGCGCCCAGGCCGGCCGAGGGACCGCCUGUCAGGGGUGCCCCAACCAGCGGCUGUGCGCUUCAGGCGCCGGCGAGGCUCCGGACCCAGCCAUAGAGGAAAUCAAAGAGAAAAUGAAGACCGUGAAACACAAAAUCUUGGUGUUGUCUGGGAAAGGCGGCGUUGGGAAAAGCACGUUCAGCGCCCACCUUGCUCACGCCCUAGCGGAGGAUGAAAACACGCAGGUUGCUCUUCUAGACAUCGAUAUAUGUGGGCCGUCCAUUCCCAAGAUAAUGGGAUUGGAAGGAGAACAGGUGCACCAGAGUGGCUCGGGCUGGUCUCCAGUGUUCCUGGAAGACAACCUGGGGGUGAUGUCAGUGGGUUUCUUACUCAGCAGCCCCGACGACGCUGUCAUCUGGAGAGGACCCAAGAAGAACGGCAUGAUCAAGCAGUUCCUCCGCGAUGUGGACUGGGGAGAGGUCGACUACCUCAUCGUGGACACCCCCCCUGGGACGUCGGACGAGCACCUCUCGGUCGUCCAGUACCUGGCCGCCGCACACAUCGAUGGCGCCGUGAUCAUCACCACCCCUCAGGAGGUGUCCCUGCAGGAUGUCCGGAAAGAAAUCAGCUUCUGUCACAAGGUGAAGCUGCCCAUCAUCGGGGUGGUGGAGAACAUGAGCGGCUUCGUCUGCCCCAAGUGCAAGAAAGAGUCUCAGAUAUUCCCGCCCACAACGGGGGGUGCAGAGACCAUGUGCCAGGACCUGAAGAUACCGCUCCUCGGCAAAGUGCCCCUGGACCCGCACAUAGGGAAGAGUUGUGAUGAAGGACGGUCUUUUUUGGUUGACACGCCAGAUUCACCAGCUACGGUAGCCUACAGAAGUAUCAUUCAAAGAAUCCAGGAGUAUUGUAGCCUCCAUCGGCCAGAAGAAGAGAGGACCUCAUUAGUUCCUGAAACACGGGGGGACAUGGACGCAAGCAGCACAGCCAGCGCGUCCUGACCACUCGGGCACAGAGUGGGCUCAAGGCAGAGAGGGACCAGACUCUGGUGUGGUGUGAAGUCACUUUUGCAGACACUUUAAUCAUCUGAUAUUUGUACAGUUUUCUUUAGAUCACAUGUAAAGGGCGUUCUUUACACACUUGCCAUUUAAAAAAUAAAAGCGUCUCCUCAAAA